ACCAACAAAGCCCACUCACACUAACUUUUAUUCUCUGUUUCUUUUCUCAAAUUCCAUUUCUCAGGAAACAUGGGUAGCAUCGAAUCCGAGAGAACUACAGUUGGAUGGGCCGCAAGAGACCCUUCAGGGAUUCUCUCCCCAUACACCUUCACUCUCAGAAACACAGGCCCUGAUGAUGUUUACAUAAAAGUUCACUACUGUGGAAUUUGCCAUUCUGAUCUCCACCAAAUUAAAAACGAUCUUGGCAUGUCCAAUUAUCCUAUGGUCCCCGGACACGAAGUGGUUGGCGAGGUGCUGGAGGUGGGUUCCAACGUUACCAGGUUCAGAGUGGGAGAAUUGGUAGGAGUUGGACUCCUCGUUGGUUGUUGCAAAAGCUGCAGUGCAUGUGAAUCAGAUAUUGAGCAAUACUGCAACAAGAAAAUAUGGUCUUAUAAUGAUGUUUACACCGAUGGAAAGCCCACGCAGGGUGGCUUUGCUGAAACCACUGUUGUUGAGCAGAAGUUUGUUGUGAAAAUACCAGAGGGAUUUGAGCCAGAGCAAGCUGCACCUUUGUUGUGUGCGGGCGUGACUGUGUACAGUCCCCUGUCACACUUUGGGCUGAAAGAGAGUGGGUUGAGAGGAGGAAUAUUGGGCCUUGGAGGAGUGGGACACAUGGGGGUUAAGAUUGCAAAAGCAUUGGGCCAUCAUGUCACUGUGAUAAGCUCUUCUGAUAAGAAGAAACAGGAGGCACUUGAACACCUUGGAGCUGACCAAUAUCUUGUCAGCUCUGAUGCCACUGCCAUGCAAGAAGCUGCUGAUUCACUUGACUAUAUCAUCGACACUGUGCCUGUUGGUCACCCUCUUGAGCCUUAUCUCUCCCUUCUCAAACUUGAUGGGAAGUUAAUCUUGAUGGGGGUCAUCAACACCCCUCUUCAAUUCGUUAGUCCCAUGGUCAUGCUUGGGAGGAAGGCAAUCACAGGAAGCUUCAUUGGGAGCAUGAAGGAGACAGAGGAGAUGCUGGAGUUCUGGAAAGAGAAGGGUCUGAGUUCGAUGAUUGAGGUUGUAAAGAUGGAUUAUAUUAACAAAGCCUUUGAAAGGUUGGAGAAGAACGAUGUGAGAUAUAGGUUUGUUGUGGAUGUUAAAGGCAGCAAACUUGAUGAGUAAAAGUAUACAAGUACGACAUGUGCCACCCUCAAUUAAUUGAACCAAGUUGCGUCUGUAUGUUAAGGAGUGCUCUGUCUUCUCUGUUUUGGUUUCACUCACUUUAUCAAUCAUAUGUUUAUCAGUUUCUCAUGAAAAGCAAAACAUACCAAACUUCUUGAUUGACCCUUAUAAUCUUGAAUUUGUUGUACCAUUUUUUAUAAUUAAAAUACAAAAGAAGUGGAUAUCGAGCGUAUGGUGGAUUACCAACUUUGUUGAGAGGAGUGUUUUGUGGGUGAUCCUGCUGAAUUGAUUUUGAUUAUUC